AUGCCUCCGAUUCGACUCAGAGAGAAUAAUGAAAUCGAAUUACUCAGUCAUGGAAAUUCAGCCAAUAAGAUCCAGUCUACGUCCGCUCAGCAAGUUUGUGGUAUCUGUUCGCUCAAUCUGUCCGUUUACAUCUGUCCUUCAUGCAAUGUCCCGUACUGUUCGUUGAGUUGCUAUAAGUCCGAUAAGCACGGUCAAUGCAGUGAUAGGUUUGUCACUCAACAGCUCAAGGAAACGGAAGACUCCCCCAUCGACCACUCCCAGCAUCAUCAGUUCCUCAAUCUUCUCAAAAAUCAUUAUAACCAGACUUCAGAAGAUCACUUGAACUUUUUGAAAGACGAAGAUAGCGACGAUGAUGAUGACACCCUAAUCCAACGCCUAUCAUCUAUUGAUCUUGAUAAUUCUACGCAUGACGACAUUUUGAAUAUACUCACACAAGCAGAAAAAGAUCGUUUCCAUGAACUAUUCUUACCAUCGAAUCGCUCUCAUCUAACUCAACUACUACAAAACCAGCUUCAACCUUGGUUCGAUCAGUUUGACCCAACUUCCUUUGUCAAUCCCUUCAAUCUCACCUCAAUCCCUGUAUUCGAAGGUGGUCAGUUGCUAUCAUCAAACCUUGCUGCUAUUAUUUUCGCAUAUGCCUUCAUAUUACGCAGAUACUCUUUCAACUUGCUGUCCAGUUUUGAUAACAUAUCAACUGACGUUUCAGAUGCGAAGAAGGAUUUCGUGAGCUUACUACCAUUCGUCUUCCAGCCUAAUUCAAAGUUUGUUUACAACAAUCCAUCUGAAGCUGUGCAGAGCAUUUGGUCAUCUUUACCUUCUCAUUUGCGGUCGCAACAGCUCUACAUCACUCUAUUACAUGAUAUCAAGCUAUUACUAAGUCCACCUCAAAUAAUCAGACAAGACGAUACCCUCCUUUGUUGCGUUUGCCUCUUCGAUCUCAUCCAAGUUUUUGGUCAGUCAAAAACCUCAUCAGUCGCCAAAUUAAGAUUCUACAUGACUCGCUCCCACCACAUGACUAAUUCCCUAAAAGACAAAGUUGGAUUCAUCGACAAGGCAAUUGCUGAAAGCUCGCAUCUAUAG